GCCAGUAGAGUUUCCCGCCAAAAAACAAUCCAUCUCUUCCCCAUUCAAGACCUAACCUCCCAUUUCACUCUCUCCCUCUCUCUUUGUGCAGCCAUGGAUUCUUCUCCCUUCAACACAAACGGGCCUUCUUCUCCAGAUGACUCCUACUCCAGCCCAAUCCACAACACCAACUCCUCUCCUCCAGAUUCCGGCCCCACUCGCAGAAGGCGUCAGCGCCAGCGGCCUGCUUCUAUCUACCGGACCCCACCUCCCCACCCUCCCCGCCCCGCCGCCACCCCUACAUCCACCACCGACGAGGCCCCGCCAUCUUCCGAAGCCGGCGACGACGAUGACGCCGCCCACGAUGACGCCCCACCCAUGUUCGUUUGGGGCACCAACAUCAGCGUCCAGGACGUCAAUGCUGCGAUCCUACGGUUCCUGCGCAACUUCCGCGAUCGCCCGUCCUCCGACACUGUUGAGGGCAAGUACAUGAGAAUGAUACACCAGACCCUGGAAGUCGAAGGCGAGUCGCUUGAUGUCGACGCCCAGGACGUGUUCGAUUACGAUCCUGAUUUGUAUAAUAAGAUGGUGCGGUACCCGCUCGAGGUUCUCGCCAUCUUCGACAUCGUGCUCAUGGACAUGGCAAGCCGGAUCAACCCAUUGUUUGAGAAGCACAUACAAGCUCGGAUUUUCAAUCUGCGGUCAUCGGUCUCGAUGAGGAAUCUGAACCCAUCUGAUAUUGAAAAGAUGGUGUCGGUGAAAGGGAUGAUCAUCCGUUCCAGCUCCAUAAUUCCUGAAAUCAGGGAGGCUAUAUUCCGCUGCCUUGUGUGCGGUUACUUCUCUGAUCCAAUUGUGGUUGAUAGAGGCCGAGUUAAUGAGCCAACCAGGUGCGGGAGGCAAGAAUGUCUGGCCCAGAACUCAAUGACGCUGGUUCACAACAGAUGCAGAUUCGCGGAUAAGCAGAUAGUGAGACUUCAGGAAACCCCAGACGAGAUACCCGAUGGAGGGACCCCACACACUGUCAGCUUGUUGAUGCAUGACAAGCUUGUGGAUACUGGGAAGCCUGGUGAUAGAGUCGAGGUAACUGGGAUAUACAGAGCGAUGAGUGUCAGAGUGGGAGCCACACAAAGGACUGUAAAAUCUUUGUUCAAGACGUACAUUGACUGUCUUCAUCUGAAGAAGACAGACAAGUCGAGAAUGCAGGCAGAGGAUCCCAUGGAACAAGAUGAUGGCACGCAGAUGUCCUCGUCUAAAGGGGCCAAACAUGAAGAUAUGCCCCCUGAGUAUCAGGAAAAGGUGGAGCAACUAAAAGAGCUUUCGAGGCAGCCGGAUAUUUAUGAGAGGCUAACCAAGUCCUUGGCACCGAACAUAUGGGAGCUUGACGAUGUAAAGAAAGGCCUUCUAUGCCAGUUGUUUGGGGGGAAUGCUCUUAAGCUGCCAUCCGGGGCCAGCUUCCGUGGCGACAUUAAUAUCCUGCUUGUUGGUGAUCCUGGAACCAGCAAAUCUCAGCUGCUCCAGUACAUUCACAAGCUGGCGCCUCGGGGCAUUUACACCAGUGGUAGGGGGAGCUCUGCUGUUGGCUUGACUGCUUACGUUACAAAGGAUCCGGAAACGGGUGAAACGGUUCUUGAGAGUGGGGCUCUAGUUCUGAGUGAUAGGGGUAUCUGUUGCAUUGAUGAGUUUGACAAAAUGUCUGACAAUGCUCGCAGCAUGUUACAUGAGGUGAUGGAACAGCAAACUGUUUCGAUUGCAAAGGCUGGGAUCAUUGCUUCCCUGAAUGCCAGGACUUCAGUCCUGGCUUGUGCCAAUCCAAGCGGGUCGCGCUACAAUCCUCGUUUGUCUGUGAUUGACAAUAUACACCUUCCCCCCACAUUACUCUCUAGAUUUGAUCUGAUUUACCUGGUUCUCGACAAGGCUGAUGAACAGACAGAUAGGCGGCUGGCGAAGCAUAUUGUUGCUUUGCACUUUCAGGAUCCUGAGAGCACCAUUCAGGAUGUUCUAGACCUUCCAACCCUGACUGCAUACAUUAGCUAUGCCAGAAAGCACAUUCAUCCUCAGUUAUCAGAUGAAGCUGCAGAAGAUCUGAUACAUGGGUACGUUGAGAUGAGGCAAAGAGGAAACUUCCCUGGAAGCAGUAAAAAGGUGAUAACAGCAACGCCGAGGCAAAUUGAGAGCUUGAUACGUCUUAGCGAAGCCCUGGCUCGGAUCCGCUUCUCUGAAUUGGUUGAAAAACGUGAUGUGGCAGAGGCAUUCAGGCUUUUGGAGGUCGCCCUGCAACAGUCAGCUACAGAUCACUCUACAGGGACUAUUGAUAUGGAUCUCAUUACAACUGGAGUUUCUGCAAGUGAAAGGAUGAGACGGGAGAAUCUGGUAGCAGCAGCCCGCAACCUUAUAAUGGAGAAAAUGCAACUUGGGGGCCCCUCAACUCGAUUAAUGGAUUUGUUGGAAGAGCUGAGGAAGCAAAGCUCGGCCGAAAUCAACCUCAAUGAUCUGCGCAAUGCCCUUGCAACUCUUGUGAGCGAGGGGUUCGUUCUUCUUCAUGGUGACAGUGUAAAGAGAAUAUGAUGAGAGAGAAGCAAUGCCUAUCACCUAAAAAAAGUAGCAUGCACAAUGGCUGUUCCCUGGUAUGUAUACAAGAUCACGACAUAUUGUGUUGGAGCAUGGAUUGUUCUCUAGCCAAUGAGAUGACAUGCUGCAUUGGAGCAUAGAUUUGUUCUCCCGCGGAAUGAGACGUUCUUGAGUUGAUGUUAAGAGAUGUGAUGUUCUUGAGUUGUUGUGAAAUGCGAUUGCUGCGAUGCCAUUCCUGAGCUGUUUGGCCCAUGACCGUUUUAGGAUUGGAGUGAUUCUGGAAUUUGUACUGUAGGUAGAAUUUCCAGAGAUUGCUGACUCAUUGCAUUGGAAAGGAAGAGCUGUUUUCACUGGCAUCGAUGAGCCAAAUGCAGCCCCACCCAGGAAAAAACAUAAUCUAAAUCUGUCGCCUUUGAUUAUGAAUGCAGUUAUCAUACUGCAAAUGUCAGAAUUUGUGAAGCUUACUAUAUUAAUUGAGGUUGAAGUAGUUUUGUUUUGUUUCA